AUGGAGGGCAAAAUACCUGCGUCGGAAAUGAAUCUCUUUCGUGCCCCUGCUGCCGCGAGGGCUCUCAAGACGCUCGACAAGACCUUGUUCUCCAGAACGCUGCCUACGACAGCUGCCUGUGUUCGAGAGAACAGGCUUAUUUCUAAAUACAGGAAACAGCUCGAAAAUUCAAACGAGGUUUUUCUGCUAGAGAAAUUUGACCCAAUCGCUGCAAAUCCAGAUUCUGCGCUGGCGUCUCAAGGGAAGAAGUGCAUCAUCCUGAAGCCAGAACUGAAAGCGUCAGCUCCCGAAACAUGGAGCUCUACGCUGCAGGAAGCAACAGAGACUGGGGAUUUGAGCCUUGUCCCGUACAAAGUGAACAUCGAUUAUGGCAUGUGGAGUUACCUCGAUGUUAUGAGAUCCAUUCUUCCCGAAGAACUUCACGGCGAAAUUCCCGUGGGCUUCAACACUGCCGGCCACGUUGCACAUUUGAACAUUAGAGGUCAAUAUCUACCAUACAAGAAAGUCAUUGCUCAAGUCAUCCUUGACAAAAACCCCAGCAUCCGCACCGUCAUCAAUAAAAUCGACAAUGUUGGAACAGAAAGCGAGUUCCGCACUUUUGCCUACGAGGUACUGGCCGGUCCGGAUGACAUGCUCGUCGAGGUCAGCGAGGCCGGAUGUGUCUUCAAGUUUGACUACUCCAAGGUGUACUGGAACACCAAACUCGGCACCGAACAUCAGCGAAUCUGCACCAUGUUUAAGCCUGGGGAGGUUGUAGCCGACGUUAUGGCGGGUAUCGGGCCGUUUGCCGCUCCAGCUGGGAAGAAGGGCGUUUUUGUCUGGGCCAAUGACAAGAACCCGGAGAGCUACAGAUAUCUGAGUGAGAUCAUCAAGAAAAACAAAGUAACCGAGUUCGUCAAGCCUUUCAACCAAGAUGGCCACGACUUCAUCAGACAAGUCGCGGACCUGGUCCUCGAAGCCUGCCGACGUGGCGAUUGCGCCGUCGUCAAACCCGCCAAGAUAUCUCGUAGCGCACCAGCGGAGCAGCGAGCGGAGCCGAUUCGCGUCCCCGUUCCGCCGACAAUAUCCCACUUUGUCAUGAACUUGCCAGCUUCCGCCCUGGAAUUCCUGCACAAUUUCAAGGGCCUCUAUCACGGCUCGGAAAAGCUGUUCGCACCACAUAGCAGCACGAAGCUGCCUCUUGUUCAUGUGCACUGCUUCGGGGCCAAGGCUGAUGACGCUACCCCAUUGGACGAUAUUUGCCAACGCAUCUUGAGGGAGCUUGGUGUCGAGCUGAAAGUAGGAGACGCAGAAAAGGAAGGAGAGGUGACAAUCCACGAGGUCCGCGACGUUGCCCCCGCCAAACGGAUGUUCUGCGCCAGCUUUCGAUUACCUGCGGAGGUGGCUUUUGCCCCGCGCUUUUCCAAACCAAGAGUGAUGGAUGACUUGUUGACUUGA